UCUCCAUCAAAGCAUAAAUUUAUGCUCAUUUUUUACCGAUGCAUUUCAUCUUCGAUACACCCACACGUUCAUGAGUUUUCAUGUCUCUGGUGAUAGCUACAGAUACCAUUAGGGCAUGUAUCGCGUAUCCUGCGAUGGGAAUAAUUAAGAAGAACACAUAAUUGUAGCUAGUAAAUUUCUUGAACUGGGUCAAUCAAUAUGUGGAACUUUUCCCAUAUGAGCCAACUCACCCUACUAAGGGUGGUGCGCGCGUGGAAAAUCCUUUCAGUGCGCGGAAAAUUCGUGCCGUGACCAUCCCAAAGAUGUCGUCUGAUCAUUUAACAGUUGUGAAAGUUCCAGAAAAUCGCUUCGAGGAUGCGAUACAUCAUUUGAAAUGGAAUUUCUUUUCUGAUGAACCAUUGAAUCACGCGGUAGGACUAUGUGAGAAAGGGGAGAGCCAGUUCGAGCUGGAAAGACACUGCCAGCUGACUUUGAAACAGGGAUACUCGAGGAUGCUGGUGGAUCAAAAUGGGACGAUAGCUGGUAUGGCUUUGAAUGGUAUCCUGAAGAAAGGAGAACGGGAAGAGGCUGAACGUCGACUCGCCGAAUUGAACGACGAAAAAUUCAAAACAAUUUUCGGUCUUCUUUACAAAGUUAACGAGAAAAUUAAUCUCUUUUCCAAAUACAAUGUCGAAGAGCUGUUCGAGUGUCGAAUCCUCAGCGUGGACGAGAACUUCCGUGGGAGGGGUUUGGCGAACGUUCUAAUGGCAGAUAGUAUAGAAAUAGCAAGAAAUGCCGGCUUUAAGGUGUUCAAGGCCGACGCAACGGGAAUGUAUUCGCAGAAAGUUUGCUUGAAACAUGGUUUUCAGGUGGAGGCUGAAAUUUUGUACUCAGAUCUUGAUGAAUCGAUCAGACCGGCUCCACCCCAUCAAGCUCUAAAGCUGAUGGUAAAAAUAUUAAAUUAAAUUACAGAACAAAACGAAAUUUAAUGUUAUAAAUCUUCGGUAAACAAAAGAAUUUUACGAAUGAAGAGUAGUGUAUACUAUGUGUAUCGUUGUGUGACAAUAACAGGUCUCUAAUGUGUAUGUUUCUCUUAAAGAUGCAUUUACAAAGUACUUGUAUCUAUAGAGGGUGGGCCGCGUGUUUCUCUUAAAAAGUAUUACAAAUUCGAAACAUCGGUCACCGCCCAUUAUCUGUGUUCCAAAUAACGUAUCUUUAUUAAAACAUUCGAGUCGACAAAUGCAAGAACGAAGAUCUAUUUAACGUUUCGUUCAUUGGACAUUUGUUCUGCAAUUUGUUGAUUCAAAAUGAAUUAUCGAAGUCAGUUGCUCUGGUUAACGUGAUAAAAAAAAAAAAAAUUAUGUCUUCGUGUAUG